CCUGGAGAGCAAUGGCUCUCAGAGUGUAGUUCCUGGACCGCUAGUGGUCUGCGACUGUUUGCAGGACUUCAGAAAUGGAUCUGCUCUGGGUCUGCAGCUUUUUCUUCAUGCUGAUUUUGUCCAGGAGCAGCUCUUCAGACACAGAGAAACAGAGCCUAGACUCUGGCUUGGAAAUCUAUAAGAAGCUGUUUGAGGUGAAGCGCAAGGACCAGAUGAACGCGCUGAAAAACUUGAUUGAGCUCAAUGACGUGAACCAACAAUAUAAAAUCAUCGACAUCAUGCUCAAAGGGCUUUUCAAAGUGCUGGAGGACUCCCGGGCGGUUCUUAUAGCUGCAGAUGUGCCUCCAGAUGGGCCCUUCCCUCACGAUGAGAAGCUAAAAGAUGCCUAUUCCCACGUGGUGGAGAACACGGCUUUCUUUGGAGAUGUGGUGCUGCGCUUCCCCAAAAUCGUCCACCACUACUUUGACCGCAACUCCAACUGGAACAACCUGGUCCGCUGGGGCAUCAGCUUCUGCAACCAGACGGGCGUGUUUGACCAGGGACCUCAUGCCCAAGUGCUCGGACUGAUGGCUCAGGAGCUGGGAAUUAGUGAGAAAUCUCCAGAUUACCGGAAUCCUUUUAAAACCGACCAGUCCGAGUUUUUCCCCAGUGCAGACACGUUCCAGAAGGCCCUGCGUGAGGAAGAGAAACGGAGAAAGAAAGAGGAGAAACGGAAGGAGAUCCGCAAGGGGCCCCGCAUCUCGCGCUCCCAGUCGGAGUUAUAACGCUGGCACCUGCCUCAUCGCUGAGAGCCCUGCUGGCGGGAGAUGCCGUGGCCGGAAGCAGAGUGUCCUACUCCCUCCACAGCCUCGGGAGGAGGCCGGGUGGGUCACCUUUCAUUUGUUUAGUGGCUUUUGUUUUCCUUUUUUCUGUGAUGUCAGACAAGGACUGGAUUGAAGCUGGAGAGGGGACUGGACACAAAC